AUCCCCACUACGAUCUUUCAAUAAUCAAUGCCAUUUUGCGCAACAGGAAAAGGGAGAGUGUUCACAGUACAAUCGUUACAAAAAAUUGUAUAUAAGAUUGUCGUGUAAAAUGAAGCCAGAUAUUAGUGAUCCUUGGUGUGGCACGGGUGCACGAACGCUGAUCAACGACGACAACGCGCCGAACGAUCGUUUCGAGGAUUCUUUCCUGGACAAUAAUAUUGAUCAUCGACGAUUAUCCGACUCGGAGCAAUAUCUGCAAAAAUUAUAUUCCAGAUUGAAAGUUCUUCAAGGAGGUACUACAAAAAAGGAUCUUGUAACAUCAUUAUCAGUGGCAAAGGAGGAUUGUAUUGCACGUUUGAUUACAUCUGGAAACGUUCCCCAGUCUGAAGAAGAAGCUGAGUUAGCAUCAAAUCCUUUGAUUCGACACAUAGCUCCACAUUUGCAGGCUUUGACAGCUAGCGAAUUAGUUCAUCUUUUAAAGGCAGACGUGCUUCAAGCAACUAUAGAAGCUGAUUCAGAGCAAAAUAUUACAGAGAAAUUACAGAUAAAUCAUCUGCCAACAGAGAAUAAGUCAGAGGACAAUAAUUAACUUCCAUAAAUUUACAACAUAAG